AUGUGGCGAUCGUUCGUGCGCACGUCCGGCCUCGCGUCGCUCCCUGCGGCCGCGCUCGCCGCAACGUUCUCCUCUUUCUCCUCUCCGCCAUCAUCUGAACCCGUGCGUGGUCUCUCCGACGCACCCAUUCCCGACGCGCACCCCGUCCUACCGCCUUCAGGAGACAAAGUGCGGCUCUCGCGUCGCUUCACGCGCCGCAAACAGACGAAACACCAUCGGUACGUCAUCGUCGGCUCCGGCACGGCCGCCAACGCGGCCAUCGAGGCCAUCCGGCAAGAAGACGCGCACGCCGACAUCCUCGUCCUGAGCGACGAGAACGCGCGACCGCGGCGCGACUUUACCUCGAGCGUGUGCCGUGCGGCCGACGACCGCCACCACGUUCCGCCGGCCGACGAGCCGCUGUCGCCCGCGCUGCUCCAGAGCUACAACGAGUGGCGGCGCCACUUGAGCGCGCGGUUUGAGGACGACGUCGUGUCGUCUUUGAACGCGCCGCCGCCGCUGACGCUGCUGCUCGACAAGCGGCCGCUCGAGUUUGACGUGGAGAAGAACCGCGUCCUCUUGGGCGACGGCACCGAGGUGCGCUACGAGCGCUGCCUCGUGGCGUCGGCCGGCCGCCCCAAGCACUUUUACGUGCUGGACAGCGACCGCCUCUCGUACGCGCUCAAGGACCGCGUCAACACGUGCACGACGCGCGCGGACUUUGGCCGCCUCGACCAGCUCGUGGCCGUGCCGUCGCUAAGCGGCCGCACCGACGUGCACCGCGUGCUCGUGAUUGGCGCCGGCUUUCUCGGGUGUGAAGUCGCGUGCGCCUUGGCGACCGACGGCCGCAACCCCGACCGUCUCCAGACCACGCUCGUGUUUGUCGAGCACGCGCCCGGGGCCCGGACACUGCCGCGGUACCUCGCCGACGACCUCGCGCGUCGCCUCGUGCGUGUCGGCAUUGACGUGGUGCCGGACCGUCUCGUCACGAGCUUGCGGCCGCGCGUCGACGACGAGAACAAUGAGAGCGACCGCGGCGUCACGGUCCGCGUGCUCGGCAAGGACAAACCGGAAGCGGUGCUCGACGCCGACUACGUCGUGCUUGCGUCCACGCACACGGACCCGGCGCCGACGCUCCGGAUGGGCCGCGCCACACGCGCUGGCGGCGGCCUCGAGCGCGACGAGAAGAACGGCGGACUGGUGGUCAAUGCCCAGCUCGAGGCCGUCUCGGGGCUCUUUGUCGCUGGGAACGCGGCCAGUUACUAUGAUCCGUACUUGGGUCGACGACGCGUGGACCGGUACGACCACGCCGUGAACAGCGGCUUGACAGCCGGCCGGAAUAUGGCCCGGUCGCUCUUGGGGGCCGGCAAAAUGAAGGUCUAUCGACACCAGCCCUUGUUCCGGAGCCACCUCCCGGGCGUCGGCGUGCUGAUGGAAGGGAUUGGAGAAGUGGAUGCGUCGCUGCGGACCGUUGGCGUGUGGGUGCGGCCGCCUUCCAGUCUUGGCACAGACGUCGAUGGAGCUCGAGACCUGUCGUACGAACGCGGCAUCGUGUAUUAUCUUAAGGGGAACAAGAUCAUGGGCAUCUUGCUGUGGAACGCUUCGGACGUGCUGGAAAGUGCCCGGCAGCUCAUGCUAUCGAGACCGGAGAUCCGAGACAAUGUCGUGGACGAGUUGAAGCACACGAUCUCGCUUGCGCCGAACGAGUGGCUGCACGUCGUGUCCACGUGA